AAAUGUAGAAUACACAAAACUUAUCAGACAGUAAACAACAAAUUGACAAAAAUGAGAGUAAUUGGAAAUUUCAUUUCAGUAUUAGCCCUGUUUGCGACGAACAGCACAGCUUUUCUGAGUCCCUUGGAUUUCUUUGGAUUUAUUCCCAAAAAUAAUACAGAACCUGCAUUGAAUUUACGUGGACAAUGUGUAUAUUGCUUCGAAUCUUAUGUGCUCCUGGCUGAUAAGCAGUGUGCGCUCGGAGAUGAGUAUAUGGUGCAGCUGGAACAGUCAACUGCACCGCGUAAGCCUCCCAUUAUGGUCAAGUGCUUGCAGCCAACUGAGGAGGAAUUGAAGGAAAAGGAUACCCCACAGCUGCUUGUCAUGGCAUCAAAUCAGGAUAUUGUUAAUCUACUCAAGCCCAUUGGCAAUGCGACCAAGAGACAUGAGCCUGGAAGCUGUGUGCUUGUACACUUCUGCUCACCCACUAGCUUGGAAUGCGCCAAUGUGGCCAGUUUAGUAAAUGUAUUGCCGCAUAUGUUCCCAACGAUGCCUGUGGCCUAUAUAGAUGCGUAUAAGUUCUCACGCUUCAACGCAGAGUUUGGCAUAGUGUCGCUACCUACUUUGAUGGUCUUCCAUCAAGGCAGACCAAUGAUACAAUACGAUCCAGUAUCUACGGAAAUGGUGAGCAUACGGCGCUUUAUGAGACGUCACACCAAUGUGCAAGUUGUGGAAGUCAAGAACAUCGACCCUGAGCUUUAUAAAAAGGCCUUGGAAGGACCACUGAGUAGUCAACAAGUGUGGCAACGAGACUAUUACUUGGGUCUGUCCUGGGGAUUCAUACUUAUUUGCUUGGCCAACUAUAUGCGACGCACACGUUUCUGGAAGCAAUUGGUGGAGAUGGUGCAGCGCAAUUGGCGCGAAUCCGAGGAAACUCAAAUAGAUGUUGUGAACUAACCAAAGCGGGUCAAUGGGCGGGCAUGAUUUAGAAUAUAAUUAGUUAAUCAAUCGUUUACGCUUUAGAAUACUGUGUGUAUUGUAAUUUUCUUUAAUUAAAUUCACAUAAACGUUA